AGAGAGAGAGAGAGAGAGACAGAGAGAGAGCGAGCGAGAGAAAGGACAGAGAAGGAAAACACACACACACAGAAAACAAGAAUAAGAAAAGAGAAAAUGCGCUUCCUUUCUCCUGACGCGAGGGUAAACUGAGCUAGAUCCUGCACGAGGGCGCGACGGGCAGGCCGCACGGAGACGCCUUGGGAGACGCGUGGUUUCCCUGUUCGCUUAGUAACGCUCGAGCCACGGGAAGAGGUGGACGUGUGUGCUUGCUUCGUCCUUGCUUGCGUGCUUGCUGCAGUCGCAUCGUAGUUUCUUGCAAGGAGUGCUGUCCCCUCAAGAGGGUCCUACAGAAACGCCUCCUUCCCGCAGAGAAUCCCCGCAGGAUGGGCGGCGAGGAUGGCUCUGGUCCUCGGGGCUUCGGCAUCCUAGGGGCCAACACCGUGCGGAUCCUGCUGGGGACGCUGGUGGCCUUCAUCGCCCUCGUCCUCGUCAGCCUUGUCGUGUUCUGGUACCAAGGUUGCCCAAAGGGGGGAUUUCGGUGCCGAGACGGGGCGUGUCUUCCGAGGAACAUGUGGUGUGACAACGUGACAGAUUGCCUUGACGGGGAGGACGAGAGCGCUGAGAACUGCUGUGAGUUUUUCAGUCUUUUUCUCUCUCCUUCUUUUUCUUUUCUGCUUUUUCUUUCUUUUCUCGAUAGCAUGAAAAGUUGUCGCUCGCUCUCCCCAGACCUGUGCGUGUGUCCGCGUUGGAGCAGCUUAGCAAACUGCGAGCCUCAGCCGAAGGAUAACACGAGCAUAAGCGAGUGCAAGACAAGGCAUGACGUCCUACCACGCUCCUUCCCUCGUCCCUUCGUCAGGAACCCUCGGAGUGGCCGCCCAUUGACUUCUCCGGCCGUCCAUUUUGUCCCCCACGCCCCUCCUGCCGAGAAGGGUGAACUUGGAGCCUUUGAGGAUAAGAGGGAACACAUGUCGUCGAGAAGGAGAGUGGGUCGACACCCUGCAGGUCCCUCAUCCUUUGGGCUUCGUCGCAGGAGAGGCCAUCCCGAGGGCGAGAUCGGCCACGGAACCGCCUGGAAAUUCGAUCUUCCCCGAGUGAUGCAUUUCAAAGCCGUUCGUCCGUUCAGUGACGUGGAAGACGGUCAGAAUAGAGAAUAUGGUGACAUGGCGACCAGACCCACACGGAGAAACAAGAACAUUCGCGCAGAGAGCAAAAUUCAUGAAAGACUGAGGAGAACCAGGAGAUUCGCGACUCGGGAUACAGCCACUCCCCAGAAACCCGUCUCAGAUCCAUUCGCUUGUGACACUUCUUUCGUGGACACCGCCAUUUGUGACGGUGUUCUACAGGACGAAACCGGCGCCAGACACGGCAUUUCUGGCACAGGGCCUCUUGGAAGUCUGCCUAUUUCCCUUGUCUCUCCAGCGAACACAGGCAUUCCCAGUAACAACAUAAACAAAACUACUUUUACAGAUAUGACACAUAAAAGUCCUCAAAUCUUGGAGACAACCACACCAAAGAGUAUCCAUACCUUAAAAACACUAAUACCAAGUCCCGGUGCCAUGACCGAAGUGGGCAAAGACGCCUCACGUGUAGGCCUUAAGAGCGAAACUCUAGAACAUGGAAACAAGCGAAUAAUUGAGAAGAACGAGACCAGAUUAGCGGAAGAGCAUAGCAGCAUGAGAUCUGACCCAGCGGGCGGCCCAUGCAGACCGUGGCCAAGACUCUGUCGGCCGAAGAGGAGAGAAAGGCGAUACCUCAGCUCGGGCGUGAUGGGUCCCGGGCACAAGGGCGCUCACAGCAAUCUAAAACCAUUUCCCAAGAGACGCCUCGAGGAUGGUCGGUACAGCAUAUUGCUUCGUCGGGGUCAAGGAACACGCCUGCCGCCCCAGAAGGACUUGGAGGGCCAGCUGAUCCUCAACAUGAGACGAGUCGAGCACCGCAACGAGACCCGAGGUGCGUACGACGUGGAGGAAGCGGUCGACCCCGAGAUCAACGACUGCUUCUGCGAGUAUAGUUCCCAGCUGAAGUGCCUGGGAGAGCGGAUCACCAGAAUCCCCAGCGGAGUCGUGGGGAACGUCACCUGGUUCAUCGUCAGGAUGAGUUCGGUCCAGCGCCUCGACGUCGACGUCAUGGCGCAGUACUCGAGUCUCAGGAUAAUGUCACUGGAAGAGAAUCACCUGACCGCCAUCCCGCGCGGCGUUUUCUUUAACCAAAAUGUCCUCAAACACCUAUAUAUGUCCAAAAACCACAUAAAAUAUCUCCACAAGGAUAGCUGUCAAGGCCUACGGAGUUUGCUGACAUUUUUCCUUGACAAAAACAGCCUGGAGGUUGUCGAGUUGUCCUGUUUCCUCCACACGCCCGCCCUCGUUACGCUGAACCUGGCUUAUAACAGCUUGUCUCUCCAACGCCAGCGCUUCCCUCCGCUGCCGAGUCUGCGGCACGUGUUCCUCCACGAUAACAAAAUAACGAAUAUCGAUAACCUCUUUACCAACAUAACGUCCAUAACGACUUUACAGCUCAACAACAACAGGAUCCGUAUGAUUCGCUGUCAGGCCUUCAGCUCCCUGCAACACCUGCGCUCCGUAGACUUGUCCGGAAACCCCCUGACGACGGUGCAGGACAUCUUCUCAGGGCUGAAGGCUCUCCGCGUCCUGAACCUGAUGGACCUCGACCUUCAGGACAUCGACGAGCGACACUUCCUGUCGAUGGAGGAGCUGAAAUUAGCGUAUUUCAAAACCUUUCGCUACUGCAGCUACGUGCCGCGGGUGCUUCAGUGUCUUCCUAGUACAGAUGGCGUCUCGAACGGGCGUGACAUGAUGGGCUGGGUCGUCCUCCGCGUGGCCGUGUGGGUCGUCGCCGCCCUCACCCUCGCCGGCAACCUGGCUGUGAUUGGCUGCCGCGCCAUCUCGAAGGAGGACAACAAGAUACUGAAGCUCUUCAUCAGAAAUCUGGCUGCCGCCGACCUGCUGAUGGGCGUGUACCUGGUGAUCCUGGGCGUGCAGGACCUCAAGACGCGGGGAUCCUUCCGGGCGGAGGCGCUGGCGUGGGCGUCCUCCUACACCUGCACCUUCACCGGGAUCCUUGGGCUUGUGUCGUCCGAGACGUCGGUGUUCAUCCUGACCUUCAUGUCCCUCGAGCGGUACUUGUUCAUCAGGCAGCCCCUCGAAGCCCGCACGCUGUCGGAGAGGUCGGCUCGAGUCUGUCUGUUCUUCAUCUGGCUGACGUCGAUAUUUCUGGCGGUCUUUCCCGCCAUAUGGAUCAAAAGCUUCUACGAGAGCGGCGCCAUGUGCAUUCCUCUGCACGUGACCGAACCUUAUCUCGCUGGAUGGCAAUAUUCAGCCUUCAUAUUCUUAGGUAUCAAUACCCUCAGCAUGGCCGUGAUCCUGGGCGCCUACGCUGGCCUCUUCUUCAACAUCAUGGUGACCCGGACGUCGACGCCUCUCUCAGGCGGCGAGUCCCGGUUCGCGCUGCGCUUCUUCUUCAUCGUCAUCACCAACUGCGUGUGCUGGCUCCCCAUUGCGUGCGUCAAGGCGGCUGCGCUGGCUAAUAUCGAGGUCCAUUCCGGAGUGUACGCCUGGCUCGUGGUCCUCGUCCUGCCCAUCAACUCGGCCAUAAACCCGAUUCUGUACACUUUCUCGACGUCGAAGUUCCAGGGUCAGGUGGCGACGGUGCGCUCCGUCUUCCGCGCGGCCCGCAACAGGCAAGAUUCGGCAACGGACACGGACGUCCUCCGGUACUCCUCGAGUCGCAGCUGGGGUAGCGCGGCGCAGUACAUCGUCAACCACGCCCACCUGCCUCCUCUGCGCGCCCACAGCGGCUCGCAGAACGGCCCUGCGGCUCUUAUUCGUGAGAAAGUCGACCGCCGCGCUUCCGCCCACCGGCUUUGCCAGAGGAGAUCGACAGGCGACGGCAGCUGUGUCCUCAAGGAUCCCCUGGCCAAAGACGCGCCGUCCUCCAACGGAAUAGCGUCUCCCGAGAAGGACCUGAGCCCCGGCCGGCACCUCACCCUCAGCGCGAAAGUGAGUCAGGUGAGGUCCUCUUCUCCAGCAGAGAGGGCCAGCGACGUCGGCGCAAGUCCCGGCUCUAGAGGUCGCCUGUCCCUUGUCAAGCUAGAACUGGGAGGAGGGCGAACUCCUCCAAGCGCUGAAGCCAGCUGCCGAGACGCGGAGGGCGAACCCACCCCGGCAGAUGGACAAGAAUGCAAGGAUAUUUGUCUGGAGGCCCACCUUUCCAGCCACAAAACCCCGCGGCCCAGGGAGAUUACCGCGCCCUCGGAAUCGACGUCGAAGGUAGAGGGAGCGCCCAUUUACGUCGGCUGCUGCGCCACCUCGUCCUCAGAUAACCAAAACGCCGACGUCCUGCGUUUAAAUCUGACACUCUGCUACAACUCAGACGCCACGCAGCCUCCACCCUGCACGAGUUCUUCUUCAGGAGUCAGGCGCAACUCAGAUUCGAAAUAUUCUCUUCCGUCGUCAAGUGCCAAGACCACGAGUGCCACCCUCACAGUGCCAGAGACUAACCAAACCCCUUGGCAUCCUCCUUUUCCUGCGGCGUCGUCACUCGCGCCGCUUCCACGGCGUUCAUCGUGGUCGGAAUUUUCGUCCUCAGUCUCCGCGUCCUGCGAUUAGCUUUCGGACGCGCUUUGUAAUGUGGUUGUGUUUAGCCUCUCCAGCUUAUGGUUCUCUGUUGAUGUGUGUAUUUAUGUGCAUGUGUGUGAGUGUGUUUUAUGUUUAUGUGAAAUGCCCCAUACAAACAGUGCUGGAUUCUUUAAUCAAAGAGACGUUCAGAAAGGGAAAAAAUAACCUAGUGUUUAUGUUAUGCUGAUUAUUAUCAUUAAUUCCCGCAUACUUAAAAUCAGGAGAGAUAAUGAUGGCAGUGAAACGCAAAGAUAUCUUAAACCCCUUUCUUUUUGGUAGUGUUUCAUCUGAUCUGCGUGUAGGCGUUUACACCAUACUUAGGUUUUUGUUAUAUAUGUGUGUAUAACAACAGUUUCAAAAUGCUCAUCAUCUCUAGUAUCGUUUUAUGAUGUCAUAAUUUAAUACAACGGAUUUUUUUAUCGGUAAUAUAUCUGUUGUGUAAUUUUUUGUUUCUCAAUCAUUGUGUUUCAUUGUAGCUUCUACAAAACUCAUAAAAAUGUACAAUAGAAUCAUAUCGAGUUAUAUAUUUUUAUAAUUUUCUUAUAUUAAAUGCAUUUUCCAAUAUCGACCGGUCUUCUCUUAGUGAACAAUCAGUAUUAUACAAAUAUCUAUAUAAGAAUGGUUUAGUCAUCAUAUAACGCUCAGCAAC